UUAGUCAAAUUACAUCGACAGACCUUGGGCAGUGCGUUACCACUCCUACGUGCGCAUUAGCUGUCUGAUCCAUCCUCUUGUUGAAGAUGAUCACAGUUCCCCCUCGAACAUUCCGUUUCCGCACAUGCAGACCUUCCUUAUGCAAGUCAUGCCAUACGAUGUUACUAACAAUAGGACCGCAGACAAGACAAAGAGCCCGCGGUAAGGUAGAUUACCGUUACCCGCCCUUAGACCCACAUGGCGCCCGUAGGCCUCCCGCUACACGCUUUGGGCGGCUGGACUUCGUGAAGACGCCAUUCAAUAGUAAUCCCGUCGCCAUAAGACUGUUCGCUUCAGCCGUCGUCUGCAGCAUGCUGAUUCCCAUUCUCUGGCGGAACGCGGCUAACGCUACAUAGCAAUAUCCUAUGUCGAAGUAGAAAGCCGCGCCGACUCGCAUUCGUAUUGUCAGCUAGAUCGGGAUCGAAUUGCAUCGGAUAGAACGCGCACCGACAAUAUCCCACGGGAACUUCGUUGCGGAAAACCCUGCGAAGUUGUUACUCCAUUUUCAUACGCCCUCUCUGCAGCUGAAAGAUUGACGAA